AUGGGCAGCCUCCGCCUCUCCACCUGGUCCUCCUCCUCCGCCGCCGCGCGGGGCUUCCCGCCGUCCCCCUCGGGCCGCCGCGGGCGACCCAGCCGCUGCGCCCCGUCGUCCCCGGCGUCGGCGCCGCCGGCUCUAGGCCGGCUCCAGAUGGGCACGGACCACGCGUGGCAGUGGGACUGCCGCGGCGGCGGCCUCGGAGGGGGAGGGGGCCGGAGGGACUACGCCAAGGAGAUGGAGGCGGCGGUGCGCGUCGUGCAGGUGGCCUGCACGCUCUGCCAGCGCGUGCAGGACUCCUUCCUCCUCGCCGACACCGGCUCCGGCGGCAGCGUCCACUCUAAGCUCGACCGCUCUCCGGUCACCGUCGCAGAUUGGGGCGUGCAAGCAACAGUAAGCUGGCUACUCUCUGACUGCUUUCGUGAUGAAAAUGUGUCGAUCGUGGCAGAGGAAGAUGAUAAGACACUAUCUAGUAGCGACGGCACAGCUUUACUUGAGUCUGUUGUCGCUGCUGUCAAUGGUUGUCUGGUUGAAGCUCCAAAGUAUGGGCUGAGAUCCCCGGAGAAAGACCUCAGGGCUCAUGAUGUUCUCCAAGCUAUACGGAAGUGCAGCUCCACCGGUGGUCCAAAAGGAAGAUUCUGGGUGCUUGAUCCUGUGGAUGGCACGCUUGGUUUCGUGCGUGGGGACCAGUACGCUAUUGCUCUUGCCUUAAUUGAAGAUGGUGAAGUUGUACUAGGUGUUCUUGGGUGCCCAAACUAUCCAAUGAAGAAGGAAUGGCUCAACUAUCACCAGCGGUACUACAGGUUGAUGUCUAAGGUUGCUCCCCCUACAUCUGGAUCCUGGAACAAGGGUUGUGUGAUGUAUGCUCACAAAGGGUGUGGCCAAGCUUGGAUGCAGCCACUGGUUCAUGACUUUGGCAUGCUUAAUUGGCAUAACUCAAGGGAGAUUCAGGUUUCAUCUGUCAGUGAUCCAGUUUCAGCAACAUUCUGUGAACCUGUUGAGAAGGCCAACUCAAGCCAUUCCUUCACUGCAGGACUUGCUCAUAGUGUAGGCUUAAGAAACCGGCCUCUGCGUGUGUAUAGCAUGGUAAAGUAUGCUGCAAUAGCACGAGGUGAUGCAGAAAUCUUCAUGAAAUUCGCUAGAUCUGGAUACAAGGAGAAGAUAUGGGAUCAUGCCGCAGGGGUUGUCAUCAUUCAAGAGGCUGGCGGAGUGGUCACAGAUGCUGGAGGUCGCCCAUUGGACUUCUCCAGGGGUGUUUACUUGGAGGGUUUGGAUAGAGGCAUAAUAGCUUGUUCUGGAGCAUUGCUUCAUCGGAGAAUUUUGGGAGCUGUUGAUGCAAGUUGGAACUCAUCAACAUUGUAAUGGAAGCAACAGAAAACCAUUAUCAGUCAGAUGGCCUGACAUUGGUCAUAGCAUCCAAGAUUAACUCAAUUCAUAUAGAUUUAGGUACCGGAAGAAUUUUUCGUCAGUGCUGAUAGCAGCAUGUCUGCUUAUAAAGAAGUUGUGGCAUGAGAUCGACGAUACUGGUAUUUGUCCGUCGCGAAUGUUUAGUAGUAGCUGUUUUGCUGGUUUGUGUCAUGCCCUUUUCCCUUUGGCAUAACUUGUAAGCUCAUCGGGCUGAUGACACGUUGAUAAAAUCAGUCAUGAGGAAUUGCUCAGCACCAUUCGUUGAGCAUGACAACUCGAAUCUCUAUACUUCUGACUGAAUGAUCAUGUGAUGUAUUAUCUGCAAAUUUGUCCUUUAUAUUGUGCCUUCA